UCUGCCUCCUGUCGUGCGCAUGCGCUUACGCUGACCGACAUGCGAGACAAGAUGGCGGCCGUGGGAGAAACAGCGUGAGAGUCUGAACGAGUAUCUCAUUGAAACUGGGCAUCAUGGCUUUUAACAGUAACCAGUACAUCUUUGGGGAGUUCAGCCCAGAUGAAUUCCAUCAGUUCUUUGUGAGUCCUCGUUGCACAGUUGAGCUUCCUCCCGUCAGUGAGAAAGUUUCCUGUGGCUCUCAAUCAGCAGGAGAUUGCCAGGACAUCCAAUUUGGUGCUGAUGAAAUAGAGUUGGAACCAACUGUGCUUAACGAUUCAGUUUACAAAAUUUCAAGUAACCUCAACCCUCAGGCCCCAGAGUUUGUUCUCAACUGCCAGCCCGCAGAGCAGACCUGUGAUUUGUCUGAUGUGGAUACAAAGUAUAACUCACUGAACUGCCAAUUUGCUGAGCCUGACCUUUCUUUGGAUGCAAGCAUACCAGAUGGCCCUGAUAAUGACGUUGCCAGUGGUGGGCUUGCACAGAGGGAACGGAAAAAGAAGAAGAAGAGACCGCCUGGGUAUUACAGUUAUAUGGACGUUGGUGGGCAUGAUGCUGCUGUUUCAGAGACUCUUGUAAAUGGACAUGCUUCAAAUGUAGCAGGACUUACUAGUUUAAGCACAGAACAAGAUUUUUCGGUAGAACUGCUUGAACCAUCACCUACUGAGAGAACUUGUGAUAGUCCUGCAAACUCUGUGGACUUCAUAAAUGAAGCUGCAUCAGACAUUCAUGUAUCAAAUGCACUAGAUGAUGAUGAUGAUGAAGAUGAUGAUGAUGAAGAUGAUGAUGAUGAUAGGACUGCUGAGCAGACUCAGACCUGCAGGUUGACACAUUUGGAACUUUAUUGUCACCCGCUUGAAACUGGAAGUGAUAGCACCCUAAGGACAGCUGUUGACCAGCCGUGUUCCAAUAGUGAAUCUACUGAAAAUUAUGGAGAUAGCAAUGGCCAGAUGCUUGAGACUUCUAUUGAUUUCUUUGUAGACAGUGGUGUGGGACUGCUAACUGAGGAGGGUAUCGAUUCGGAUCAGACUAAACUGGAGGAUGCACCACCCACUGCCAGUACCACAGUUCCUCAUUCCUUAACACCUUUGACUGCUCAGCCUGCCAAGUCCUGGGCUAGUCUAUUUCACACAUCCAAGUCUUCAUCAGGUCCUGUAGCUUACGUGGAGUCUAAAUGUACACCUCCUCCUCCUAGCCCUACUGUUGUGCCCUCUGAAAAAGUACCACAAGUCAAAGAGGGUCCAGUUUCAGUCUCUGACGACCCAGAAGCACCACGUAUCGCAGAAUUGUUGAAUGCUGUUAAAUUAAUACACAAACCAGUGUCGCUACAACCUCGGGGACUAAUCAAUAAAGGAAACUGGUGUUACAUCAAUGCUACUCUGCAAGCUUUGGUUGCAUGUCCUCCAAUGUAUCAUCUGAUGAAAUCUAUUCCAAUGUUUGAGAAGACUGAACGACCAUACACGUCAACUCCAAUGAUUGACAGCUUCGUUCGUCUGAUGAACGAGUUCAGUAAUAUGCCGUUACCUUCCAAGCCAAAACAGCAAGGUGCUGCUGACAAAAGUAUUAAAGACAUUCGUCCUGGAGUUCCUUUUGAACCUACAUACAUUUACAAACUGCUGACUGUUAUCAAGUCAAGUUUGUCUGAAAAGGGUCGUCAAGAAGAUGCUGAAGAAUAUCUGGGCUUCAUCCUUAACGGCCUUCAUGAGGAAAUGGUGGCACUGAAAAAGAUGCUGUCACCGCCGGCCCCAAAGAACGCUGUGUUGAAUGGCCCUGAGCCUCCAGUUAGUUUUGAGGAUGAACAGGACAAGGAAGAAGAAGGUAGUGAGGAUGAGUGGGAACAAGUAGGACCCCGUAACAGAAUUUCAGUUACACGCCAGGCUGACUUUGUUCCGACUGCCAUUACAGACAUCUUUGGUGGACAUAUAAGUCAGACAUCUGAGGUGUGUGCAGUCAAAUCUGUGGUAUAUCAGAUGAGCUCUAAGGAGUCUGCUACUCUGCAGCCGUUCUUCACCUUACAGCUAGAUAUCCAGUCUGAGAAGAUCCGCACAGUCCAGGAUGCUUUGGAAAGUUUUGUUGCGAGGGAGUCCGUCCAAGGCUAUACCACGAAAACCAAGCAGGAGGUUGAGAUUAGCCGCCGAGUCACUUUAGAAGAGCUACCUCCUGUUCUUGUUCUGCACCUCAAGAGGUUUGUCUUUGAGAAAACUGGUGGAUGCCAGAAGCUAACCAAGACGAUUGAAUAUCCUAUUGACUUAGAAAUCAGUAAAGAUCUCCUUUCUCCGGGUGUAAAAAGUAAAAUUUUCAAAGGACAAAGAACAUACAGACUCUUUGCAGUUGUUUAUCACCAUGGGAACAGCGCUACUGGUGGCCAUUACACUACGGAUGUCUUCCAGAUUGGUCUCAAUGGAUGGUUACGCAUUGAUGAUCAGACUGUAAAAGUUAUUAACCAGUACCAGGUGGUAAAGCCGUCUGCAGAUCGCACAGCCUACCUCCUGUAUUAUCGUAGAGUGGAUCUGCUGUGAAAUCCUUUUUGCUGUGUGCAAAGUACCUGCUUUUUAGAGCACCUUUUUUUCCCACUAACUCUUCCUUUUUGCAAUGCUCUCUCCAAUGAAUUUUUCUUUUCAUUCAACUUUGGGAUAGACUGUAAAGGAAAAAAAAACUUGGGACUUGUGCACAACAUUGCUUGUGUUGACUUCUGACUUCCAAAACAGUCAAAUUAAUCUCUAAUUAAAAAAAAACAGUACGUGGAGCCUUGUCAUGCACAGUUUCAUUUCGGAAAUAAUUGUGAUGAAUCUUGAUAUCCACCAAGAGAAUUUUUACCUGUUCACCGAUACCAGAUUGCGUAGUACAUCACGAAACCUGCACCAGCAUCAAAACUCUUAGUUACAUCUGAGUAACUGACGUCAGACAUCCCGAUAAUUUUCACACCUUUGGCAUUUGACAGUACAACAGUGUACAAGCCAACCUACCAGAAAAUGCACAUUACUAAAUUUGAGGACCCAAGAGUGAAAGAGCCCAACAAUCCUGGUUGCUGGAUUAAUAUGGGAACAGCAUUUUAACAAAUGUCCUUAUUGGAUUUGCUUCCAAGGCCACAUUACUUUAUGGAUCUGAUGUGAAAGUGCACAUUUUGGGAUAAAAGCUAUUAAAAGUACAUUCAGAUGGGUGAUCUUAACUUUAUUAAACAAUUCAGAUUACAGUUGUGAUUCUGUGUACACUGGAUUAUAACAUUUUGAAAAAACUAAAUUGAUAUUCCAUUGUCUGCAGUUUACUUUUGCUGUUUGCUCACAUCUUUAUAAAUAUCUCAACUGUACACGGUUCAGUGAUAUCUAUAACAGUAUAAAGUUGUCACCCAUCAAUUAAAAAAAAAAAAAAUCACAA